AGUUCAAACCAAAGCUGAAGCUUGAAUUCACUUGCCAUUCUUGCAUUCCAUCACUUUUCACCUCUGAGUUUCCUUCUGCUAAGAUGAUGGCUCAGGGAAGAAGCAGUGCAGCCAUGGCCACCAUGGCUGUGCUACUUCUGCUGCAGUUGACUCAUCCCAGCAAGCAAGCCUACGCGACAACUUACUUGGUUGGUGGGUCUGGCGGCUGGACUUUCAAUCUGGACUCCUGGCCUAAAGGGAAGACCUUCAAAGCUGGGGAUACCCUCUUGUUCAAGUACGAUCCGACGGUCCAUAACGUGGUGGCGGUGGACAAGGGAGGGUAUGGAAGCUGCAGGACACCGGCUGGUGCCAGAGUGUACAAGACAGGGAAAGAUCUGAUUCAGCUGAAGAAGGGAUUCAAUUACUUCAUCUGCAACUUCCCUGGACACUGCGAGUCUGGAAUGAAGAUUGCAGUCAAUGCCUCUUAAUUAGUUUUAAGGGUCUGUUGCAGUAAUAAUUUGUGGUGCAAUGAACUUUGUUUUUUCAUGUGUUGUCUUUGUGUGGGGGAAUUCUGUAUGGAGCGGUUGCAGCUCGAUGUGCCUUCUUCCAAAGAUAAGAGAUCUAUGUAUUUAUGAGUAGACUGAGCAGUACUGGUCUCUGGUUCUGUAAGCACAUUGAGUGAGCUCUUAGUACUGGUUUUAAGUGAGAUUAAGACGUAUUAAUUGUCAAGAUUUUGAGAGCAAUAUUUUACCACGUAAGAUUCAGAAAGCUCCAUAAUUUUCCAUUUUACCUUUAUCAUUUUAGUUUUUUCUAUAAACAUUUAUGUUCCACUAACCUAAAAAUAAUAAGGAGAUAUAUGAUCAUCAUCACUGAGACUCGAACCUACAACCUAUAAAUUCCAAAUUAACUCGAUGAAAUGCGCCGACCAAUUUUUCCUGAUAAAUAGUUUCGUUAAUUAAAAUGAUAGAAAAAGAGAAGAAAUACAAAGCAUUCAAUUUGCUGUAUAAAUCUCAGAUACAAAGAAAAGAACCAUGCAACCAACAUAUGCUUUGAAACACCCACAGAUAAAAACUUUUGUCAAUAUUCCUACCACUGUGAAAUCCUACCAAAUUACUCUUAAUCACUCUGCUACACUAAACACACAAUAUUCUUACCACUGUGAAAUCCUACCAAAUUACCCUACCCAAUGUAGUUCGGGUUUUACCCAUACCCGUACCCACACGGGAAACAGGUAGAAAAUCAAAACCAUGCCCAUACCCGUUCGGGUUUCGGGUAUCCACGGUUAUCCAUGGGUAAUAAUUUCUCCUUAUAAUUCCAACCAAUAUGUUAACAUUCACACGUAUACUCACAUUACCUAAGAGGAAAAGUACGACAAUAAUUCACCAGAAUGACGAAAAUUAAUUAAACAACAUAAUUUCAUGGAAAUAUUAUAUUUAUAUGCUAACUAUAAAAUAUUCUAGAGAAAAAUAAUGAUUAUUUCUAGACAAAAUACAUAUGCAUGUGUAUAAUCGGACGGGUUUGGGUUGGAUAGUGAGAAAACCAUGCUCUCGGGUUUGGAUUUUACCCGUACCCACGAAAAAUACUUCGGAUUUGGAUUUUACCCUACCCAAAUUAGAUCGGAUUCGGAUGGAUAUCUGUUGUUACAAAUAUUUUUGCCAUCUUCCCUAGCUAAUUGUCUGCCUCCGAUCAUUCUAGUAAAAUUCCACAAAAUUGCAAUGAAAUUCUUGUUUGUUGACUUUGUUCCAACAACCCACAAACUGCAUAGCAAAUGAAAGAAGAGGUCAACCAACCGUAUUAGUGGACUUGGUAAAAGAUAAAGGACAACAAUGGUC